AUGGAUGUAAAGACUAAAAACAUGGACAUCAGCCUGGAGAAGUUGGGCAGGAUGGCCGAGGAGCUGAUGCUGCCGGGAAGGUUUAUUCUCCUAGCCCUGAACGCCGCUCUGGAGUCUGUCACAAACGUCCUGGCUGCGAUUUUAGGAAGUCAAGUGUUCAGAAGACACUUCCACCUGAUGCUGUCUGGUCUAGUUCUGUUCGGGCCUGUGCUGAAUCUGUGGGUGUCAAAGUUCAGCAUCUUCACCAACAGCCACCAUUACUUGUACAGGAAGUUUCUGAGGUCCACUUGGGGUUGGACCUGGAUCUUCAGCGGCUCCUUCAUCCUCCUCCUCUCCCUCUCUGCCCGUCACUCCCUCUCUCUCUCCCUCCGCCACCUCUCUCGGAUCGGGGUGGUGGGCUUGCUCUGGUGGGGGUGUCGCCGCAUUCUGACCCUGCUGGAGGACUCGACAGGGACCUGCUACGAGCCGAUUGCCCAGGAAACCCAGAGCUCUGCCUCCCUGGGACUUCCACCGCCGCUGCUGCUGCUGCUGCAUGAGGGCCGGAGCAAGGCCUCCUGCCUCAGGGACAACAUGGUGUGGAGGGGCUACGAGGUUUCCCAGGACGUCCUCAUCCUCUGCUUGUGCUGCCUGCUGCUGGUGGAGGAACUGUCCGUCUUUGGCCCUCACAUGGUCCGAGAGAGGAGGAGUGGUCCCCCCGGGGCCCCGUUGAGAUUCGUCUUCCUCCUGUGUGUGGCUCUGCUCGCCGUGUGGAUGUUCCUGCUGCUGUGUGUGCUCGCAUACUUCCCAAAGUUCCCCUCGCAGCAGCUGGGGGGAGCUCUGGGCUACCUGGGGUGGAAAGGACUUUAUCAGGGAUGGUACACACACGGGCCGAGCUGGUGCUUCCCUGGUUUGCCAGGAGACGGACCAUUAACAAGCACGGAAACCGGAAAACAAGAGGAGUAG